AUGACAAUGGAAAGCAGUCGCGGUAGCAGCAGUAAUGGGAGCGAAGAAGGUGGCAAGUCUGUGUGUGUUUACUGCGGGUCUUCAUUUGGAGCCAAGGCUCUAUACUCUGAGAGUGCAGAACAAUUAGGAGCCCUUUUCUAUAAGCUAGGAUGGAAAUUGGUAUACGGUGGGGGUACUACCGGUUUGAUGGGCAAGAUAGCGAGGUCCACCAUGGGUCCUGACUUGAGCGGACACGUGCACGGCAUCAUCCCUAAUGCGCUGGUGUCCAAGGAAAGGACUGAGGAGGAUGAAGAAGAAGUCAACAAGGCCCUGUUGGAAUCUGUAGAAAACCAUAAGGGCUCCACUCCCAUCUCAAAAGAGUACGGAGAUACUACAAUUGUGCCAGACAUGCAUACUAGGAAGAGAAUGAUGGCCAAUUUGAGUGAUGCGUUUGUGGCCAUGCCCGGUGGGUACGGGACUUUUGAAGAGAUUAUGGAGUGUGUCACGUGGUCCCAAUUGGGUAUUCACAAUAAACCGAUUAUCUUGUUCAACAUCGAUGGGUUCUAUGACCAAUUGUUGGACUUCCUCAAACAUUCUAUUGAAGAGGGUUUCAUAAGUGCGAAGAAUGGGGAAAUUGUGCAAGUUGCCUUCACCCCACAAGAAGUUAUUGACAAAAUAGAAAAGUAUGUCGUCCCUGAAGGUCGUUUCAAUUUGAAUUGGAACGACGAAGGCCGCGCUCAUGAGGAUUGUGCCAAACACUAA